AACUCAGGCUAAAUCAAGCUAGUAAUACACAUCCAAUUCUCGAAUUCUUGUUCUUAAUUUUAUUCUUGCGAUCCGCUCUGUAAAUCGGAUCAUUUGGUGGAUUUAUUGUCCAUCAAAUUGGUGCUCUCGUUGAGAGUUCGAGAAUCAUACUCGGGAGAAAUCCUCCACAACGACGAUGGUGCAAACACGUAGCAACGCCAACAUAGGUACCGGAGUUCCCCAACAGGGGGAGAACAGCGCCACCGGAGGUCGGCACCCCCCCAUCACCACCGGGGAGGCUGAGGCCCUCAUUCAGAGGGUUGGGAUCACGACCGAACAAUUCAAGGAGGUGCUGGCCGCACUUGCGCCCAACCGCGAGGUAGUGGUGGGAGAUGUGGCUGGGGGACCCACAGGCGAGAAGGCUGGACCUGCGGGCUCCCAAGGAAAAAAGAAAAAAGUGAGGCGGUCCCAGAAGAAGAAGGCGACCAAGCCCAAUGGGAAGGCUAUGAUGGCAGAUGCGCUCUCCAGGCUGGAAGAAGAGGACGAGUCGUCCUCCUUCGAGCGGAUGUCUGCUUUUGACCGGUUCAAGGCAUACUACUCCGUGAGAUUCCGGUUUAAAGUCUCAAACAAUGAGGCUGAAUAUGAGGCACUGCUUUGCGGCUUGAGGUUGGCAGCCUCAUUAAAAGCUGAGCGAAUCCAAGUCCGGUGCGAUUCCAAGCUAGUGGUAGGCCACGUCACUGGAGAAUUUGAGGCCAAGGAUGAACGAAUGAAGAAGUAUAGAGACACUGCCCUGGAGUUGCUUAAAGCAUUCGGGGCGUACCGGAUAGAGCAGGUCCCUCGGGAAGAGAACGCUGAGGCAGAUAUCUUGUCAAAGCUUGGUCCGGAUUCCCCGGAUCAUAUUAAGGCAAUGACCCAGGAAGAAGAGUUGCUCAAGCCAAGCAUCAGUCCCGGACAAGUGCUGAUCAUCACACUCAGAGAGGAGCCGGAUUGGAUUGAUGAGAUUACCAUGUACAUCCUUGACGGGUCGUUACCCAUCGACCCAAUCGCGGAAAAGGUGGUGAGGCGACGUGCACCCAGCUACACGCUGGAGUGCGGUCGGCUGUAUAAACGAUCGUACAAGGGUACAUUGUUGAGGUGCUUAAGAGCGGGCGAGGCACAGAAGUUAAUGGAGGAAAUCCAUGAGGGAAUAUGUUCAGCGCAUCAGGGAGCCUUCACGAUGUCCAGGAAGGUGACCCUACAAGGAUACUUUUGGCCAACGAUUAUCAGAGAUUGCGUAGAGUACGUGCGCAAAUGCAAGGUUUGCCAGGAAUUCCAGAGGAUGCCAGGGCGACCGGCGACGAAUUAUACCCCGAUAAGCACAGCGAUUCCCUUUGCCCGGUGGGGCAUCGAUCUGGUCGGUAUUUUGCCUCGGGGGACAGGGAACAACACAUACCUGGUGGUCGCGAUUGACUACUUCACCAAGUGGGUCGAAGCCGGCCCCGUGCCAACCAUCACUGCGGAACAGAUGACGAAGUUUGUUUCCAAGCAAAUCUUGUGCCGAUUCGGGGUGCCCCAGCAGAUCAUCACUGACAACGGAACCCAAUUCGAGGCCGAGGGGUUCAAUGAGUUUCUACAGAGCUGGGGCAUAAAACACAGCUAUGCGGCGGUCGGGUACCCCCAAACCAAUGGGCAGGUUGAGAACACCAACCGUACCAUCAUGGAUGGCCUCAAGAAGAAAAUAAUGGAAUGCAAAAGUGCCUGGGUGGAAGAAGUGCCCUAUAUAUUGUGGACCUACAGAACUACCCCAAGGAAGGCAACAGGUGAAACCCCUUUCUCGCUCACAUAUGGAUUUGAAGCAAGGGCUCCAGCGGAGACCUCGUUGUUAAGUUAUAGAGUAGAGACGUUUGAUGCUCAAGGAAAUGAGGAGAACCUGAGGGCAGAGCUGCACCUCAUUGAUGAGCGAAGGGAAAGGGCAUAUAUGCGGGCAGAAAACUACCGCCGGCAGGUCAAGUCAUAUCACGACCAGCGGGUGCGACCAAGGCAGUUCAAGAUGGGCGACUGGGUCCUUCGGAAAAGGGAGGUCAGCCGGCCGACCGAUGGAGGAAAGUUUGCUAAAAGCUUCGAGGGGCCAUAUAUCAUAAAGGAGGUGUUGGCCGAUGGGACAUUUAGAUUGCAGACUCCAACCGGUGGCGACGUUCCGCGAGUAUGGAAUGCCGCCAACCUUAUUAAAUUUUAUCAAUAGAUUGUAUUCCAGCCAUGU